AUGCCUGGUGUAAAGGAAAUCGGCUCGUGGAUACGUGACCGAUUUACUUUUUAUGAUUUUAUUAUUUUUAUAUUGCAAAUAUUUUCUGCUACUCUCAUUGGAAUUAUCUGGCCCUUCAUUCUCAGAUCUCUUCUAUUACCCUCUGUGGUAGAAUAUUCAGCACCUCUGUACUUUAAUUUCGAGACAUGUCGUGAACAGCUCGCAGGUGUUUGUUCCUUUCCAACAGCAAAUAUUGAUUUUUCAAUAGUUUGUUUUCGUUUCAUUUCAGAAUGGAGUUACGUUUUAGAUAUUGAAAGCCCUUCGUGGUCUUUAAAAGACUAUUAUGAAGUUAGUGUUGAAGCUAUUUUGUCACAGUCAACCAUUACUUCAAACAUUGGCAUAUUUCAAAUUUCGGUCGUUCUAGUGGAUGAAGUGAAUGUCACAAAAAUCUUUCGGCGGUCUUGUUAUGCAAGCAAGAAUCGUAGUUUACUGUCUCGAAUUGGUCAUUUCUGGUGGGAUUUGUCGUGCAAAACAAUAUUUUUUCCGGCAUAUUUCAUUGGUUUCCUCACAGUAACUGAUGACCGUAAGAUAAAAGUGUCCUUCCCUAAUUAUUUGCGUGGUAUGGAUUUAGCUAAGAUGAAAGAACUUUAUGUGCAGCUUCAAAACCGGUUCAUUGAAGUAGAGUCGGGAACAUUGCUGUUUAGGGCUCGUUUUGGAUUAUUACGUGUUUUUCUCUAUGAUUAUCCGAUAUUUUCAUACUGCUUGUUUGCCUGUCUUACAUAUUUUGGGUGCCUAAUGGGAAUUGCCUUUUAUUGGAUGCUGAAAGCUUUUUUUGGUUCCAUUCGAUUGUGA